AUGUUUUUUUAUUUUAGGAGGAAAGAUGAUGUCGAGGUAACGAAGAUAGAAAGCCUUAAAAAUAUAAAAUCAUCUUAUGCUAACGGUAUUGUCACAUUGACAGUGUCAGAGUCAAAAGAAGAAUUUGCUGGUAUCUAUAAGUGUGUUGCAAAUCCAGGCAAGCCAGACGAAGUAUAUGCUGAAAUUAGAGUGACAAGACAAGUGCUUGUCAAAGUACCCGCAAAUAUCAACGUAGUCGAAGAAGAGAAGUUGAGAAUACAGUGCAAAGUUUUAGGUGACGCAAAGUUAUCAUGGAAGUUCAAUAAUCAAACCUACAACAUUUCUGAAGGCCGCGUUACUCUUGAGAAUUACACCGAGGAUGGUAAAGUCGUGAUAAAUGGAAUGUUUAUAGUAGAAGCCAUAACAAAGGAUGACCGAGGAAUAGCCACUUGCAUAGGAGAGGAUGUCGCUAAUAACAAAUCAACCCAAUCUGAAUGUAUGGUUAGGAUUAAAGAUAAAUAUGCCGCCCUUUGGCCUUUCAUAGGAAUAUGCGCCGAAGUUAUCAUUUUAUGUGCCAUUAUUAUAGUAUAUGAGAAAAAGCGUAAUAAGACCGAACUCGAAGAAAGUGAUACAGACCAAAGUCCAGACCAAAAGAAUACACCAGACCACGGGAAAGAUGCAAACCUAAGGCACAGACAGUGAAGAACUAGACAAGAGGUAAAAAAGCAGUACAGCAUAAUAAAAUAGAAUAUAAAGUUAAGAACUAUAUAGAAGUUAAACAGUUAUAUUCGUCAUGUGUAGUUGGGACUAUUCGCCUCAACAACAUUUCGCUCGAAGGUGUUUGGAGGUACUGUACAAAAAAACUAAAAUUUAGGUUAGGUUUAAAUUGUUAAAAAGCCUUCCCACUGGUUUGCCUUAGAUAACAGCCUUUUUAUUGUAGGUUAAAUAUGCAUGUUGUUUUCUAUUUUUGAAGAAGUUUUCCGUUACUUAUAAUUUUUAGUACUUAAAAUAUGUAGAUAUUGUAAAAUCAUUGUUAUGCAACUAAAUGGGCUGAUAUUUAACGUGAACGAAAUGUCAUACCAUUGUAUAUAUUUAUAACAUAAGAAUAAAGAGAAAAUGUACACUCCUGUUCAUACAUUAUUGCAUUGUUAAAAAAAUUAAGUUUUUAUUUGUGGACUGUUUUUUUCAUUUAUAUGUCAUCGUUUUUUCGAUUUUUGUGAUAAUGGAUACAAAUGAAAAAGUACUUCAUAUGAUCCACGAAUCUUUCUGGAAACGUACUCGGUUCAUUCGAUAAAUAAGAAUAGAAUAUAUAUUGCACUCUAUGUCUUUCUGAUCGGUACUUGUAGAUUUCAGCUAAAUAGAGCUGCCUCAAUUUCACUACUCAGCGCUUCUCUUUUUGUCCAGUGUUAUAUGGCAACCACAACAUUUUGUGGCAAAAUUCCAAAGUUUAAGGUUAUUUGAGAGCAAUUAGAGACUGUCUCGACCAACACAAAUUUUUAAAAUUCUAGAAUUUAAAAAAGUUCAUAAACAAAGAACUUAGAUUGUCAAUAAAAAUCCUUAAAACAAUCAUUGGAGCUUUUUUAAACUUGAAUGUGGUGGUAUUAUAAGCGAUUACAUAUAACAACACAUUGUGCAUCAAGUAUACUUUAAAGAUAAAGUUGUAUUAAAGUUUUUGAAGGAAAUUAAGAAAUUAUUUACUUGCCGAAUGCUUCUUCAAGCAGCUAUAGUAUUUAUUAUUUUAAAUAUAGUCAAAAUUCAUUACCUAUAAUCGCCUAAUAGAUAUUUUGCAUCAAACAUUGGUGCACAUAACAAAGCAAGAUUUUACCAAACCGAUUUUAGUUGGAAACAUUCAUUAAAGCUGCUUAAGCGAUGGAAUGAAAUAGAUUUACUUUGAAUUUAUUUUGUAUUCUAAAUUCUUAGAAAUAAGAAUUUGUCUAUAAACAAAAUUGUCAAUAACUAUUUUCAUUUCUUCAAAAGCGUGUACAUUUUAUAUGAUUAAUGUAGAUAACUACUUUUAGGAACUAGUGAUAAAACAAACAUAAUUAUAUAUACAACCAAAGACCUAUUCAUUACUUAAACAGUUACAAGAAAAUUCGUGGAGUAGCCGUGAAUUUGAUACAUAAGAUAAUACAGUAGACUCCCUCUAUAACGAGAACUGAAAUGGCAGACUAAUUACCUCGUUAUAAGCCGAUCUCGUUAUAUAAAAAAAAAAAACAAUAAUACUGUGCAUACAGUAUAGUGAAGCCAUUCGGAGCAAUAUAAGAUGCUAAAUAUUGUUUGAAUGGAGUUUUUGAAAAAGUUUUUUUACUUCUAUUGUCAAUGAAAUACAUUAAUACAAAAAAGAGUACUUUUAUUGUCAAUGAAAUACGUUAAAACAAAAAAUCUGUAUUCUGUAAAUCUGUAUAAAGCGUAUUUCCAAGGAUAACAUAAACUAUUGCUUCUGCAUUUAAAAGUAGUCUGUAAUUUUUGACUGCUUUAAAUUGUCCAGUAUUCUAUCUAUCAUAUUUUCUAAAGAAGUGAAACAGUUGUAUGCUUCUUCAUUUCAGUUUUGUCUUUGGAUAAAGUGCCUUCUUAUUAUUAGGUGCGAAUAGUCAACCCCCUACAAUGACAUUUGUGAAUCAUAAAUUGUAAAUUUCCGAAGAAGUUUAUUGCGGGAGGCAAUUAAAAAGGGUAUUUAUUUAUAGCCCCGGUAGUAAAAAACAUGUUUAUCGAUCUUAUUUUCUCUCGUUAUAACCAAAUUUUACCUCGCUAUAGAGGGUUAUAAUUUAAAAGAAAUUUCACAGGACAUCUAAUGUACCUCAUUAUAAGCGAAACCUCGUAAUAACCGUGUUCGUUAUAGAGGGAGUAUACUGUAAUUUCUAUUCCCUGUUCAUUUUAAGCUUUUAUAUCUUUACAAAAGGUGUUAGUGGGGGAUAAGGUUUUCUUUGCUCCUUUGAGUACUACGAGGAAAAGACGUUCGUUGUCUUUACAAUUUUUAGUUCUUAUUAGUGAAGUCCGAACCUCUCCAAAAUUGUGUUACACAUAUAUUUGUGUCUGUCUGAUCGAUGAUUCUCAAUCUUUAGUUUGCACACCGGUCAGAUAGUGUGUGUGGUGCAGUUUAUACAUAUAGAUGUCAUCCUUAUGUUUGCUCGCCUAUUUCCUACACCUUUUUCUGUCAGUCGUAAAACUUUAUAAACAAGCGGUGAAUAACUGAAACAGUUUUCAAUACAGAAUUUAUAAAGCUAUCCAAUCCCUAUCAAAUUUUAAAUACAGGUAGUUUUAACAAAAUAUACAUGUAUUAUGUAUACUUUACUAGGUUGUCUCAAUUUUUGUUGAAGAAAUUUCUUUCAGAAUAACUUCAAAAAUUUUGUUUAAAAUUUUUCUGUUCAACUUUUGCACGAACUCUAAGGUGAGGAAUUCUGAGAGUUGGGUUAUUUUAAAAAAUGAUGAAAAAUACUUCAGUUGGACAUACCUCAAAUCUACUUGUCAAAUGUUCGGACCAAAUAUUUUUUUAAGCAGUCACUAUUCCACCAUUUCAUCGUAUACAAAAAAAUUCAAAUAAUUUCCAUCGUUGUAGUAGUGUGUCUGAGAGUUGGAUUAUUGCAAAAAAUGACGAAAAAUACUUCAAUUGGACAUACCCCAAAUCGACUUGUCAAACGUUUGGUCAAACUAAUUUUUAAGCAGUCACUAUUCCACCAUUUUAUCGUAUACAAAAAAAUUCAAAAUAAUUUCCAUCGUUGUAGAAAUUAAAUAUUCAGAUGGACAUUCCAAGAAUUGACAAUAAAAGGAUUUCUAAUCAGUAUUUUAUAGUUUGAAGUCUCAAUGGUUAUAUAGUCAACAACUAUUAGUAUGUUCGUUCCACUACCACCUCUUUUUCAGAACAAUUGCGCUCUGUAGAUCACUGGUGCAUGGAAUUUUAAUUCAACAUAUUCACUUACUGAUUCUUUUACAGCGUACUCCCGUUGUUUACCAAUCAGAAGAUCGAUAAUGUUGUCAUAGCUUGUAACCAAAUACGAUCAAAGCAACAGUAACAUGAUGCAGUAGUGUUCAUGUGCUUUAAAUGAAACAAACUUUUUUAAAGAAACAAAUAGUCUUAACAUAUACUUGUUUUAAAUAUUCCAAAAAAUAUUUAGCUUUUUAACAUUCCCAUCAAUAUUUUCUUCAUUUAAUUCCGCCUAACGGAAUUUUAAAGAUGUAUUCAAAACUGUUUGUUAUCACAUACAGGAGUAGUAGUAAAUCAUCCAGAACAAAUUAUUAACCAAGACGAUCUUAUUGGUGGAAAAAAAUUAUCUAAUGUUUUUAUUUUAAGGCUAAUUUGCAGUUUUAAAAAAAUAUGUACGUGGAAAAUCCAUUCUCUUUAAUGUAGAUGUAUAUUAUAUGAGGCCUUUAUCAUUAUAUAAUAUUAACAGUCCUGUUCACACCUCAUCUGGGUGUUAGUUUUCGCAUUACUUUUCGUUCAUACACCUUUGCAUAUAUAUAUUAUUUUGUGAAUAUUUCUUUUUAUUUUGUUUAUUUCACUGUUACUAUAUAAUUUUAGUUUAUGUCAAUAUUAUUUAAUAAAUUUUUU